GACGUCAUGAAAGGUCCUUCCCUGACUAGAAGCUCCUCUCUCCUGCCGGUGCUCGGCGGGUGGUGGUUUCAGGACCUGCAGUAUGGGGAGAUCCGUCUUUCUCACGGUUGGGACUACCAGCUUCGAUGAGCUGAUUUCCUGCAUUUCCUCCGAGCAGAUUCUCAGCAUUCUGAAAGACCUCGGCUACAACAGACUGGUUCUCCAGAUUGGACGGGGAACAGUAGAACCUCAGUCACACAGUACAGCCAGCUUUACCCUGGAUGUCUUCAGAUACAAGGACUCGCUGGCAGAAGAUAUCCAGAAUGCUGAUCUGGUGAUAAGCCAUGCAGGGGCUGGGAGCUGCUUAGAAACACUUGAAGCACAAAAACCUCUUAUUGUCGUCAUCAAUGAGAAACUAAUGUCCAACCAUCAGCUGGAACUCGCAAAGCAACUUAAUAAAGAUGGACACCUCUACUACUGUACAUGCAGCACCCUUGGGAGCACACUGAAGACAUUGGAUCUGUCGUCUUUAAAAGUUUUUCCACCAUGUCAUCCAGCAACAUUUGCAAAUUUUUUAGAUAAAGUUGUUGGUCUUCGAUAGCAGUAAACCAAUGGAUGAGUACAUUGAAAAUACUCAGCAAAGCAUGUAAAAAUGAAGCUGCAAUCCAAAUCUGUUGGGGAAUACAAUGCGGCUACUUUGGAUCACAUUGAGGGUAUGUUCACAUGCUGAAAAUGCACCUUGUAAGAACCAGUGGCAAGCUGAUCUGCUUCUCUGAACAGCACGUUUUUGACGUCAGAAACGCUGGCAAAAAUGUAAAAAAAAAUAUGCUACCUAUUAUAGCUCUUAAUUAUUGACGUCAAUAGGCUUCAACCACUUCUGAACAAGACUGGAAGUUAGCCGCAGAAACCCCCCCACUAUGUGCACAGUGUGGCGUUUUCCCCAUUGAAAUCAAUAAAAACUGUUGUUGGCAUUUGCUUGCAGAAUCUGCUGUGGAAAACUGCCAUUAAGGACUCAUGCACAUGGCCGUAGUUUUGGUCUGCAUCCCCCAUAUGCAUUUUAUGCCGAUCGAAUGCAGACCAAUCCAUUACAAUGGGGCCACAAAAGAUGCGGACAGCACACACUGUGCUGUCGGCCUCCGCACGUCCAUUCCCCGGCCCCGCAAAAAAUAGAACUUGGCUUAUUCUUGUCUGUUUUAUGGACAAGAAUAGGACAUUUUUACAGAAGUUAUAAAAAAUGGUGACUUUCACGCAGCCAGGAUCCGUGUUUUGUGGAUUCACGAUUUGCGGACCACAAAACAUUUAUGGCAAUGUGCAUGAGCCCUUAUGACGGAAUCCAUGGCGGAUCUUUGCUAUGUGAACAUACCAUUUUUGGUACAUAUCAUUUUGUUCAGUAACGAUUUUUUCCUUUUAUAUGUUGCGGGAAAAUCAGAAGCAAAAUGUUCCGGCAUAGAAAACUAGUAGCCUGGAAAUCUCUCACCCAUCAACUCUCUAACACCCAGCCCCUCAAUUGUAAAAAAAACUACCCUACACCCAAAGAAAAUGUAAUUGCUUGUCUCCACUGCAGUACCAAAAUGCCAAUUGUUUACCUGAUAAUACAUUUUUUUUACUUUC